AUGGGUAGCCGACCCCCGUCCCCACCGGAAAAUGGCCCUGUGGGCGUCGCGAUGCCUCGGGCAAGUAUGCGCCGAGAUUCUUUAAGGAGCAGUGUGAGCGUAGUGUCGGACGUGGAGAUGGCUCGACAUGAGGUUUUCGAUGGACCCAUCUCAGAAAGUAUCCCAUCUAGCGUUGUAUCCUUCUCCCACCGUCGAGACCGAGCCGGAUCCACUGUCAGUUUUACUUAUUUCCAAGACGAGGAAGACUUCGCAGAAUGGUCGAACGAAGAUGCGGUGGAAGAUGACAUGGAGGACAUGGGCUACGCGAUUGAAGAGGAAUCACUCCAUGGGCUCACCGAGGCCGAGAUCGAGUCAAGAAGGAGUUCCUUUGUGUCCAAAAGGCUCUCCCAAUCGCGAGACUCGGCGGAGCACCCGCUCCUUUCUCGGUAUAUUUCUGCAAGUUCAUACGGUCGUGAAAGAAGGUCUGGAAGUAGGCUCAAUCAAAAAGUGUACAUUGCAUCGGAGGAUCUAACUGCUGUUUUUGCGGGGUUCACGACCAGCUCAGCAGGGCUUGCUGUCUAUAUCGCCCUGUGUAUAUUGACCGGUGGCUUUGCCUAUCUUCUAUUCCGCUGGCUGCCACGGUGGCGAGUGAGGCUGAUUGGUAAAGCCAGUCCUCUAGGGAAAUGUAGCUGGAUGGCUAUUGAGGAUCAAUGGAACCAGUUCACUAUCCAUGAUGUCGGCUGUCAACAAUAUGGGCGCCCAGUGUCCACCGUCUUCCCUGACGCCUCUGGUCAGGUUUAUGACGAAGACCGUGACCCGACUAUUGAGUCACUUCGGUUUCUUGAUUACAGAUACUUGCGAUUCUUCUUCCACCCCGUCGAAGAUAAAUUCUCAUUAAUCAAUGGCUGGAAAGACCCCGCAUGGAUCAAUGCCAAGGCUAUGCGUGCAGGUCUAGAUGCCGAUGAAUGGGAUAGUAGAGAGCAAAUCUUUGGGCAAAAUGUCAUUGACAUUCAGCAAAAGACUGUGCCUCAACUACUCAUUGACGAGGCUUUCCACCCUUUCUACAUGUUCCAAGUCGCAAGUCUUCUUCUGUGGUCCAUGGACGAAUACUAUUAUUAUGCGGUUUGCAUUUUUCUCAUCUCUCUCUUCAGCAUUGCCACCACUGUGCUAGAAACCAAAUCGACCAUGGGAAGACUUAGAGAAAUAUCCUUAUUCGAGUGUGACGUGCGCGUCCUCAGAAAUGGAUUCUGGCGAUCAGUUCCAUCACACGACUUGAUACCGGGUGAUGUUUUUGAAUUUUCAGACCCUUCACUGAAUCAGGUCCCCUGUGACGCCAUAUUACUGUCCGGCGAUUGCAUUGUGAACGAGAGCAUGCUGACUGGCGAAUCCGUACCCGUUUCUAAGUUUCCAUUCAUCGAUGAUGCCCUCAAGUAUCUUGACCUCAGCGCCCCAUCCAUACAUCCAAAUGUUGCGAAGCACUUUCUCUUCAGUGGAACCAAGAUUAUUCGAGCUCGAAGGCCCCAAAAUGUUGAUGACGAUGAAGCUGUUGCCCUAGCCAUAGUUACUAGAACCGGCUUUUCCACCACCAAGGGUGCAUUAGUCCGCUCGAUGCUGUUCCCCAAACCUUCAGGCUUCAAAUUCUACCGAGACUCAUUUCGAUACAUUGCCGUGAUGGGAGUGGUGGCACUCUGUGGCUUCGUGGCUUCGUUCAUCAAUUUCAUUAAACUAGGACUCGCUUGGCAUUUGAUCAUUGUUCGUGCGCUCGAUUUGAUUACAAUCGUCGUUCCUCCAGCUCUUCCAGCAACGCUCAGCAUUGGCACCAAUUUCGCACUUUCGCGUCUUAAGAAGCAGAGCAUCUUCUGCAUUAGCCCGCAGAAGGUCAACGUGGGGGGAAAGCUGGAUGUCGUCUGCUUCGAUAAAACGGGAACACUUACAGAAGAUGGACUGGAUGUUCUAGGUGCGAGGGCCGUGAGCAGUAACCAAAGGUUCUCCGGAUUGCUGUCGGAAACAUCUAUGGGUUUACUGCAGCCAAGUUCACCAGCAAACUCACCAUAUGACCUAGAAAAACAGCAGAGGAUCAUUUACACAAUGGCGACAUGUCACUCCCUAAGGGUUGUAGACGGUGAAUUACUAGGCGACCCCCUUGACGUUAAAAUGUUUCAGUUCACCGGCUGGUCUUAUGAAGAAGGCGGCGACCGUCCCUCGGAACCGACAAGCCCAAAAUUUGAUAAUAUUCUCCCUUCUGUUGCGAAGCCGCCGUUGCCUCAUACGGGCUCAGGCCGACAGAACGGUUCAAAUGCGCCUGUCGAACUUGGUAUCGUUCGAAACUUCGAAUUUGUAUCUGAGCUACGUCGUGCAAGUGUUGUGGUACGGCAGUUCAGUGACAACGGGGCAAGCUUUUUCGUAAAGGGCGCCCCCGAGAGCAUUCGAGAUAUAUGUAUUCCUCAAACUCUGCCUUCUGAUUAUGAUGAACUUUUGAAUUACUACACACACAAGGGAUUCCGAGUUAUUGCCUGUGCUACUAAAUACGAGCGGAAGUUAAGUUGGAUGAAAGCUCAGAAAAUAACCCGGACCGAGGCAGAAAGCAAUCUUGAAUUUCUAGGCUUUAUCAUUUUUGAGAACAAGCUGAAGCCUAGCACAGCUGGUGUGAUUUCAGAGCUGAAUAAAGCUGGAAUUCGCAACGUCAUGUGUACUGGUGACAACAUCCUGACAGCUAUCAGUGUUGCCAAGGAGUGCGAGAUGGUUAGCCAUGAUGAACAAUGUUAUAUUCCGCAUUUAAUUGAAGAUUCUGGCCUCUAUGCUAAGACUUCCCUUAUAUGGGAAAGUGUGGAUAACCCCGACCUCAGGUUGGACCCAAGAACGCUUCUGCCUCUUCAGAUUUCAACCGAGAAUGAUGUAUCUAUCCCAGGGAACGCACUUCGUGACCAAAAUUAUUGUGUUGCUGUCACAGGCGAUGUUUUCCGGUGGUUGGUUGAUUAUGGCAACGAGGAUGUAUUGAAAAGGGUUUUGGUCGCCGGCAAAGUUUUCGCUCGCAUGUCGCCGGAUGAGAAGCACGAGUUGGUCGAAAAGCUCCAAUCUAUUGAUUACUGCUGUGGCUUUUGCGGAGAUGGUGCGAACGAUUGCGGUGCUCUAAAGGCCGCUGACGUUGGAAUUUCUUUGUCUGAUGCUGAGGCAUCUGUUGCUGCCCCCUUUACAAGCCGACAGUUUGACAUAUCUUGUGUCCCAAAAUUGAUUCGCGAGGGUCGGGCUGCUUUGGUGACAAGUUUCAGCUGCUUCAAGUUUAUGAGUCUAUACUCCGCUAUCCAGUUCUCCUCUGUCAGCUUCCUCUAUACAUCUGGCUCUAACCUGGGUGACUUUCAGUUUCUGUUCAUUGACUUGGCUCUUAUCAUGCCAAUCGCUAUAUUCAUGGGUUGGACCGGUCCAUAUCCUACGCUUUCUCGCAAACGGCCGACAGCAGAUCUUGUAUCGCGAAAGGUCUUGACUCCUCUCUUAGGCCAGAUUGCAAUGGUUGCUCUCGCCCAGUUUGUGGUAUUUAAGACUGUUCAGUUGCAACCAUGGUUCCUGCCUCCCCAACUGAAUUUGGAAAAGAGCAACAUCGUCAAUUCAGAGAAUACUGCGUUGUUUUUGUUCUCAUGCUUCCAAUACAUCCUAACUAGUAUCAUUCUGAGUGUUGGCCCACCUUUCCGACAACCGAUGACAUUAAAUGCUCCUUAUCUAUGCACCAUCAUUAUCGAUCUAUUCGUUGCGGCGUAUAUGCUCUUCCGACCUUCUGACUGGGUGAAGAACGCAAUGGAGUUGACUUCAAUGUCGGACAGCUAUAGAGGUGCGCUCCUGGUCCUUGCAUUGGGAAUAUUUGGAUUGGCUUGGGUUGGAGAAUCCUUCAUAUUCCCCAAGCUAGCACGCAUUCUUGGACAUGCACGCACUCGACUGCAACCGAAUUACCGCAAGAAACGUCGCCAGUACAAGGUCCUUCUUGAGGAGAUGGGUCUGUGA